UUGCCAAAUUGCCAGAAACUGCCAGAAACUCUCUGCCGUCUUCGAUGCAAAGCUAUCGCCAGGGUGCGCCACAGUCGCCGUUUGUUUUGAAUUUUUACGAUGGAAUUAUUAUUGUUAUUAUUGCACGGGGCGAUGCGUUUUAUCGAUGGCGCGCUUAUGCUGUAGUAGCGAUCACGAUGUACCGAAGCGUUGUACGCUUCUAAAGAGGCCGCGGAUGGGAAUCUUCUCUCCAGCCCCGUCCGAGAAACGCGAUCCGUCGCUUUCGACCGCGUUUCGAGGCGGCCGUGCUACGUGCCUCGUACGCCUCGCAUAUCCCAGCUUCGUCGACGCCGCCGCUGGUUUCUGAACUCGGCCGACAACUGCAACCCCUGCCGUUCGCGGCUGCUGUCUCCUUACCGCGCGGGCUUUUGUUGCUUCGUGCAUCGCCCGCCGAUUGUUGGACAUUGGACAGCUGUCAAGCGCGAUAAAGUGUGUGUGUGUGUGUUGCCGGUGAGAAUUUCCAUUUCGUCCGGAAUGCGGCGCCCGCAGUGACGACUUCGGUGUAUCCGAGAGUGAUACGUACGCGAUGGAGCCUGGCUCUCUUGUGAAGGCUCUGUACGACUUCAGUUCGGGUCUCGAAGGAGAACUUCCCAUAAAGAACGGAGACUUGAUUCAGGUCGUGGCAGCUGUCGACAAGCACUGGACUCUGGGUAAUCUCCGCGGCCAGCAAGGAAAAUUUCCGUCCGCAUUUGUGGUCGAAGUCAAGGUGCCACAGUUGUCUCCUGGCCAGGAACUGUUUGCUGCCAUUGCAGAUUUUUUGUCCGAUGUGCCAGGAGACCUGACCUUUCGAUGUGGCGACCUUAUCAUUGGACUGGCCGCGGUAGAUGCGAACUGGUGGAGGGGCCAGCUGGACGGACGUGAGGGCAUCUUUCCACUCUCACAUGUCUGGAUGCUGGACAAGGCGAAUCUCCGCUGCACUCAGGGGUCACAGAAGGUUGACCUCUGGGCUCGCGUGCUCCAGAACUUAACCGGCCAACUUGACGAUGAGAUGAGCCUGCGCAGUGGUGACGUCGUACACAUCCAGCGCAUCAUCGACAAGGACUGGUUCUGGGGUGAAUGCAACGGCAGGUCUGGCAAGUUUCCCCGAAACUUCGUCACACUCCUCUCCGACGAGGAGGAGACCACCGCACUGGCGAAAGCAUCCCAGCUGCCCACGUCGACCGGCCCGAAUGGAUAUUUGCCGCAAAGUACCUCGGGUCCACCAAAGCCACAACGCUCUUUUGACUCUGGUCAAGCCAACAUCGUCGGGGACUUAAGCUCGGUAGCCGUGAAUGGAGCGCUGGCGUCGUCUGACGUCAGUGGCUACCACAGCCUCAACUCCGGUCUGGCGCCGUAUGCACGCUCCAAGUUUUCAUUUGAGGCCCAGUACCCCAAUGAGCUGUCAUUCCAAGAGGGAGAGCUUGUCACGCUCAUCCGUCACGUCGAUGACGAGUGGACGGAGGGUGAGCUCAACGGCAGGGUUGGGCUUUUUCCAACAGAGUAUGUGGACAUCAUCGUCGACUGUGCCGACCCUGCAGUGAACACAGCAGCAGCCCCGUGCAAUUUGGCAGCAAGUGAAGCCAGUACUUCGGGGGCCUGCUUUGGACGAGCCUUGUUUGAUUUUCCAGCAACUGUCGAAGGUGACUUAGCACUGACUGCAGGCGAGGUUGUUGUCCUACUUGGCAAGGUCAACAACGACUGGUAUCAGGCAAGGUCACGGGACGGACGCUUAGGGAUCUGCCCAACAUCGUUUGUCGAGGAGAUGGUAAGGUCGUCGUCAUCUGACGCUGCUGAAGUUGGCCUGCGGAAGAUGGGAAGGUUCAACUCCGCACCAAUAUGUCGUGCUGGGGAGCCGCGGAGAAAGACGCUGCCGCCGUGGAAUAGCCUCGCGGAAGAGGCAUCACCGCCACCCCAAGCCUCUGAAGGGCACGGACCUCAGAGUCUUCCCGUCUCCACCUCCAGCGAAGGAGACUCGAGUCAGGGAGCGCCUGCCGCUGUCGCUGAUCCCGCUGUGCCUCCGUUGAGGCGCGCAAACACCCUCACCAGUUCAGACAGCGCAGCUUUCAAGAGGGAAGUUGCCAGUUUUCAUGAAGCCAAACCAGCGACUCGAAAAGCGCCCGUGCCAACGCGGCCGCCACCAGCCGUACCCUCAACAUCAUCCACUAGCGUGACUUCACUGCCAAACAGGUCGGCACCUCCAAUACCACUUGCCUCACCAGACCCAUGGGCAGCAUCAGAUACAUUGUCUGGGCCGGAAGCUACGACACAGGACCAGGUCAGUGAAGUAACGCCAUUGACGGCCUCUACAAGCCAAGGUGGAACAGCAAAUGACUCAGCAGCCAAGGAUGAGGAAAAGCGGCGCAAGCUGAGGGACCACCGGCAGUGCGUGUUGACGGAGCUGCUCCAGACAGAGCGUGAUUACAUCAAGGCGUUGCAAGUGUGCUGCGAUGUCUACCUCAACGACGUCUCUCGGAGCAGGAUGCAAAGCUUGGACAUCGAUGCUGUGACACUGUUUGGAAACAUCGACGAGGUGAUUUCUGUCUCAUCACAGCUGCUCAGCGCCCUGGAGAAGGAACUGGUGAAACCGGAAUGCUCGCAGCUCAUUGGCACUUGUUUCGUGAACGUUGCCGACGAGCUGAAAGAGGUCUACGGCCACUACUGCCGCAACCACGAUGACGUCAGUGGCCUUUGGACGAAGUAUAUGGAUAAUGCACGAGCCGCGCAGUUCCUCCAGGCAGGUGUGGAGCGCAUGCAGCACGAGACCAACUGCUUCGACCUGCCAUCCGUACUCAUCCGUCCUGUGCAGCGCAUACUCAAGUACCCGCUCCUCAUCAAUGAGCUGGACAAGUCAACAGAGGCUGGCCACCCUGACAAGCCAAUGCUGGCACAGGCCAUGGCAAAGAUGUCCGAAGUUGCAACCUCCAUCAACGAGUUCAAACGGAGGAAGGAUCUCGCCCUCUUACGUCUUAUAUUUUCCAAGUACAAGAAAGACCCAUCAGAGUCCACCUUGUCCCGGAAGCUGGCCAAGCUGAACCUGCACUCGGUCCUCAAGAAAUCGUCCAGAUUUGGUGUCCUCCUGUCAUCCACCUUUGGCCUCACGUCCGUGGAAAAAGAUGAAGCCUUUGAGCGUGCUGAGCGAGAGUUUCGUGUCCUGGAGAAGGCGCUGAAGAUCUUUCUCAAGAACCUCGCUGUGUUCUGCGACCAGAUGAAGCAAACGGUGCAUGUGUCACUGCAACUGUCUGAGGACCUGGUCCAGUACUACCACGACCGCAAGUCACUGCCCGAGGUGGAGCGUUACCGAGCAGUCCAGCACACCAUCUGUUCCCAGCACUGGCACGAGUUUGCGAUGGCGGUGGAUCGUGAUGUGGAGAGCGUGCUCAAGCAGCUGCUGCAGAUGUUUGUGGGUCCCAACAAGCUGAUCACCAAGCGGCAGCACAAGCUGCUCGACUAUGUGGCCAGCAAGAGCCGCCUAGAGAAGAACAGAGACUUCACCAAGCAGAAGGCGCUCUCGGAGGAACAGCAGCUGGCCAAGAACACGUACUGUGCGCUCAACGCGCAGCUUCUGGACGAGCUUCCCAAGCUGUGUGGAAUAGCACGGGAAGUGCUGCAGUCAUGCGCGCAGGAGUUCCUGCGCGCCCGCAAGACCUUCAUCGGUCGCACCACACGCGAGAUGCUCACCCUUAUGGAGCUUCCCAUGAUGCUUAGCGCCAAGGGCAACAGCAACGUGCUGGAGAACUUCCGCAUCAAGCACACCCUGGUGCUCAAGACUCUUGCGGAGGAGCCAAGUGCGAGCGAGACCAACCUGUUCACCGGCCUCCUGGCCAAAGCCGAGGGUGGGGGCACCCUUUCCCGUAGUGCCGGGGCCAAGAUGGCUGCCCGCCUAGGGCUUGGCUCUUCAGCAAGCGCAACCAUCCCUGGCAAGCUGGAGCCUCAAACAGAAAUGCAGCGGGUGUUUGUGCGCUCCAGCUAUCCUGUGGAAUUCGUCUACACUGUCGUGGAGGACUAUGCCUCCUCCGACAUUCUGGACAUCAACCUCCGCACUGGCGACGUUGUUGGCGUGGUCAAGCAGCAAGACCCCAUGGGCAACCCUGAACGGUGGUUUGUCGAUAAUGGAGCAACCAAAGGUUUUGUGGCGGCCAAGUUCCUGCGACCGCUGCACCGGCCGCAGGGGCGCCCCGAUUCGCACCUGCGCGUGUCCCCGCAGCCGCCAGCGGCGGUCGGGUACGACCCACCACCGCCAUACAGUGCCACCGACCCCCUGAGGCCACGAACCCCAACACAGGUGUCACGAGCAAGUCCAAGCCCACAGCCUGCAGAAGAAAGGAAACCAUACACAUAUGCUGAAAUAUCACGGCCGCUGACACCAAGUGGAGGUGGUGCAGGCCAAGCCACCGUCACAAGUCACCUGUCAAGCCAAGCCAUCAACUCAAGUGGCUAUAACCCGAGUUACUCCAAUUCCUUGUCUCCGUCGUCAGCUGUCAAUGUUCCGAAUGGGUCUAUCUCCAGUGGACAUCCAUCACCUUCCGCUGUACCUUCAGUCGUCUGCCCUUCAUCUGCCGACUCGUCACCUGGCAAUCAACGUCGAAGCUCGCUAGGGCAGAUGCCGGGGAGUCAUGGCAGGCCCACCGACGCCACCACGAGAACAGUUGCUGGAAGUGCAGAGAAGGGUGGCGAUGUGACGUGCUACAACUACUCGUUUGCAACCAACCAGGCGGAGCGUCACACCUAUGAGGAAAUUCCGGAAGAGAACGGCCCCUCCAUUGGGUCGCCGAUUCGAGAGCCGGAGACCACAGGCUCUCGGUAUGCCAACCUUGAGUUCGACCCGCUCUCUGAGGGUGGAACCAAGGCACCAGGUGCGGCGCCUCCACUGCGCAAACAGAGGGAAGCAGACGAGACGAAAACAGCAGACGUGGGCUCUCGCUACGGAAACCUUAAUGCUUUGGGAGCAUCCGCAGUGGGUAGCCCUCCUAUUGUCAAUGAGUACUUCUAUGCGCUGUACCCGUUUUCGGCAGCCGGUGCUCACCAGCUCAGUGUGGCCCAGGGACAGGUGUUGCUGGUGAUCCACCAGUGUGACCUGCAUGCGAACCCUGAGUGGUGGUUUGUCCAGGAUCGCCAUGGAAACCAGGGAUAUGUGCCUGGAAACUACCUGCACCCUUACACACUGUGACGUCAUUGCUAGAGACGACAGUAGCUGGGCACCACCUUCAGUUACACCACAUCGAUGUCGAUAUGAACUCCCCCCAUGAUGACGAACUGUGGCUUCUCAGUUCCCGUGUGGAUCAGUUUUGAAAGCGUAGCCUUGCGGACGUCACUGACAACUUGUGCUGCAGCUUAUUCCCCUGACGCAGCUCUUUUCAGUAGUCAAGUGCUACUGUAACAUGUGACCUGAGUUGUACUGUUGAUACCCUCACUUGUUGACCGUCUGCAAAACAUCACUGGUGUCGUCUUGUCAUUGUCCUACACUCCUUUGCACCAGAGUUGGAACAAGGAGACAGAGGCUCAAGAAAGGGCUGGAACUCCUGGUUUACCACUUUCCACACCACAGUCCUCAGCUAGCGCUUUUUUCUUCACUGACCCGUGUGUUUUCUUCCUGUGAUCCAAGCCUUGCAUUGGGGUGUCCCAGUCAAAGAUGUUGCAAGUCCACCACAGCUACUGGUAUGCUUUGUUAGCCUACACUUACUUGUGGAUGGACAUGCGCCAUGUGUUCAAUCCUAGCGAUGACAACUGUCUGCACAUAUUUCACUGGUGGUGCUUGCUGUAGGCCUGUGACACUUGUUUCAUGUGAACAAAGCUGCUUAAGCCAUCCAGACUCACACUGUGUGCAGCUACGUUGUGUGUUGCAGCUUCCAAGACUUCGGUUGCGACUCAUUGGGUGCCUCAUCUUCUGACGUCGCCCUCUGACUCUUUUUGCCGUCAGCUCGGGAUUUGCUUCCACUGCCAAAGUCUGCCAGCUUAUACACAUAUGAUAUUGUUUUUUAGCUCCAGGAAGCUGGGGCACAUCAUGAUGAUCGAAUUUUCUACGGUAACUUCUUCACUGCAGUUUAUGAUUACUGUAACAGAAAAGCUUCUGUGCAUUAAAAAAAUAAUAAUGCUUUUUUUAAAUGUUCACCACGCGUCAACAAUUAAGCAGUUACGAAAAAUCUUUCACAAGUGAAGUGGACAAACCGCAACUGUAUGCUGUGCUUAGCAGUUACUGGCAGCUUGUGUUGUACCAAAUGUUCCUGUGACACUGUUUCAGUGGAGGCAAAUUGAUUUCACCAUUGUAUGCUACCCGCUCAAUUUGUGCUUUGUCAUCUGCCAAUUCAUUUGUGAGGAAUAUUGCUUCGAAUCACUAUAAGUCACUUAUUUGCUUUCAAAGCUUCAUCUAGUUGUUAGAAAAUUGUAUUUCGUAUCACCAACUUCGACUCAAAGUAUUAUUUCAGGGCUGAUACCUAACGCCUAAACUGAGACAAGCACUUAGUUUUAAAUCAAGUCAUAACCGUACCAGAUUAUUGCUCACUUCAGACAAUGAUAUAGGGCUUGCGCUGGCAGUUUAUGAUGAAAGAAGGACUUUCAGAAAAGCUAGAGAUACUGCUUCUUUAGUUAUUGACCAAAGUGCAUUGUGUAAUGGGAUUUUGGGGCUGCACCUUUUAUCUGCAGGAAAACUCUUUGGAUUUUUGUCACUGAUUAUUAACACUGAUCAGUGUCAUGUUUGAAGCAGCUACAAGGCACAUUAAGGUGUCAAAACAUUAAAGGAAAACAGUUAGAGAAAACCCAAGGCAAACAGUGAAAUAUUUUUCCUGUAUCAGUUUGAGACGUUUCCAUGCGUCACGUGUGGUCACUGGUUGAGAUUACACAAAGUGCUGAUGGUGCAAUGUACCAACCGUAUGAUCGGUAGAAGCAGGGUGCUAAUUUAGGCUGCUGUCUGUGCAUACUUGUUAAAAAAAAACAAGAAACCAUGUUUACAUGACAUGAAGCAGAUGACAGGACAUGAAGCAAAGAACUAGACAUGGCAGCAGAUGACAGGAGAUAAAACUGUGCUCAUGCUUGUUGCCUGCUUUGCGUACAACUGUAAGCAUUGUUUUUAUUUUUUAAUCGUUUUCUCCAGAGUAUAGUGUGCUAUAGUCAAAGGCUGUUGCAGUCUUGCGUUGCUCAGGGUCAACGAUCGACCAUGUAAAUGUUCUAGACUACCAACAAAAAGUGGCGUAGAAGAAAGAGCGUAAAGAUUUUUUGCCGUUCUGAAUGUGGCAUCAGCAGUGAAGCUUUCGGCUUUGUCAUCAGAAAUAUCCACUUAGUUGAGGCCUGCAAGGGCUAUUUGCAACUCCGGUUUCACACACGACUGCUCAGUAAGUGUUUAAGAGCUAUGCCUGGUGUUAACCCUUCAGUAGUGCCCAAUAUUUGGUGCUGCAGGAUGUACAGUGCUCAACAAUUCAAACGGUAUCACACGGAAGCGAGAGCCCUUGUGAUGCAUUGUGACUGCAUCGAGCCCCUCAGUGAUCACUGAGGGUUCACAGGUGGCUCAAAAAGUGGAGGCCGCCACACGGUCCAAGUACUAUCGUGUUUCAAUCCCUGAGCACUCUACAGGAUGGCACAAUACACAAAGAAAAGCCUAAUUGGUAAUAAAGGACUAAGAAAUACCACAGAAGUGAUAGUUCAAACAUUUCUUAGCAAUACUUGCCAAGUAGCCGUCGUUUUGAACAAUCUGUUCUGUGGUACUUCAUUGCUUUCUGGGCUAAAGUAAGGAGAAACAAUGUUCUUAAAUGUAAACCAGGCGUUCUCUUCCAUAUUGAGCUCGCCUGUAAAUUGAGGCUGUGAUGCAUAUGAGUCGUACAGCUACACCAUUUCAAAAGGAAGGUAUAAGUUGAUCAAAAAGUUGGCUCAAAGCAUCACUAAUGGCAUCUAUUAGGCAACUGCACUAGUCUUAGCAGUGGUACAAAUGGUACUUGAUUGCUUUCUUGUCUUAGCGGUGAUGUUUGGUAGUGAUUUUGUUGGCAGCUGGUUUUGAGGCAGUUCAUUUUACGGUGCUGUGAGACUUGUAAGGGUGUUGCAAAUGAGUAUUUGUGGUGACAUUGUCUUCUUCCUUUUCUUUCUUAUUCGUCUGUUGAGUUCUGAAGCACAAGGAUUCUGAAAGCCAAGAAAGCAUCAUUGUCAGUGUUAUGCUUGCAGCUCACAAACAUUGAGAACUCUGGUUUAAAGUACUACAUCCAUUCCAGUGUCAGUUUGCACUUCACAAUGCUUGGGUUAUUUAAAGGAUGUCUUGCGAUGUACUGGUUUAGGAAGGGCCAAGGAGUUUGUGACCACUAUGCUGUGCGGUACUUCUGCACCAUGUCUUGGUAAUUUGUUUAUCAGCACUGCUUUUAAUGGCACCUUAAAUUAUUUUGGCCACAGUAGUUUGAAUGAAAAAUUGCGGCACCAUUUCAGUAUAGGUGCAACGUAUUGUGUUGUGCAUAGUAAACUAAACAAUAAAGUACUUAACCCUAGUUUGACCUUUUGUAAAGCAACAAUUUCAGAUUAGUGUUAGUGUAAUAUUUGCCAGAUUUUUUUAGGACUAACAUUUCAGUCGUGGCCCUAUAAUGCUUUUUUGUUAGCGUUCUUUCUUUUGCAGUUCCUACUGUACUUAGAUGUAAGUAUAGAAUCAAAGGUAAAGGCAACCACAUGGAAUCUUCAUCCUUGUAUCUAGGACUACUGGCUUCCAUGAUAAACCCAAAAAUAAAUUUGUUCAUUCAGUUUGGUUGUGUCAACUCAUGUACAGUAUAAGGCCAAUUUCAUAUUCAUGCAGCUGUACAUUAAACUUGUAAAUAGAAUUCCCCCUUUCUUGUUCUGUAGCUUCUUCUGGCCAGCUCGGUUUGUUUCUUCCUUUCCUUGUUGCGCUGUAAUAAUUUUACAAUGCAAUGCCAACUCACCCAAUCCUCAACACUAGUGCCCCUUUGAGUCUGUCCUUUGUUUCGCAAGCAUUGGUAGAUGGAUGUGGCUGUAAUUUUCUUGGAAUUGCUUUCACUUGUUUGAUGAUCAAAUUUAUAGGAG